CACACACACACACACAAUGAUGCACACCAGUUGGACACGCCCUCUGGCACGUGUUGUGGAAUGACAGCUUUAUAAGCCGGCACACUCUGCACAGCGAGAGACAGUCAACAGCAGAUCACACACUCUACACAGAGAAAGACAGUCAACAGAUCUCUACCAUCUCUGUACGCACCACAGCGAGGCAGCAAGCUUUAGCAGCAGAUCUCUAGCAGGUCUUAUAGAGAUCACAUCUCCUGCUCUUGCUCAGGACAGCAUCCCAGCACACAGAACAAGACAGCGUCUCCAAAUAAGGAAGCGAAGCGACAAGUCUGCCACCAUGACUCCAAUCAUAAUCCUCUCACUGGUGAUGGUCCUCAUCGCACACUCUGAACAGUCUGUGCAGGGGAGGAGGCCUCGGGAGAGACGCUCAUACACACCUGUUGACUCAGGUGAGUGUGUGAAAGGCAAAGGACUGGGCUACAGGGGUAAGGUUUCCGUGACGAUUGAAGGACACGUCUGUGCAAACUGGAACCUGGUGAUUGAUGUGUAUUCCUCUUCAUUUUACGGGAAAGGACUGGACUGGAGCCACAACUACUGCAGAAACCCUGAUAAAAGCAGAUCUCCAUGGUGCUUGGUGCAGAAGCAAGGCCGCAUGGUCCCGCAGUACUGUGACAUCCCAAGCUGUGACACCCUCAAGCCCAGUAAGUCCCUCUGCUCCCUGCACCAUGCUGUCAACAACUACGGCUACGGCUACAGCUACGGCUACGACUACGAGUACGACUACGACUACGACUUCCAUUCCAACCACACCCGCUGUAUGGUUACGCUGUGUCUACCUGUGCUAAAAGUGUUGUUUUGUGUCCCAGAGUUCACCUGUGGAGAGAGGAAGGAGGUGGGCCGGCACUUCAAGAUUGUGGGUGGAUCCCAAACCCCAGUCUCCUCCCAUCCCUGGAUGGCCUCCAUCUUCGACCGCUUCGGGUUCCGCUGUGGGGGCAGUCUCAUCGCCCCCUGCUGGGUGCUCACGGCAGCGCACUGUUUCCCUAAAAGAAAGCUCUCGAAGAUGCACGAACUCAGUGUUUUUCUGGGGAAGGACGCCAUCAAUGAGACAGACCGGGCCCAGGAGCAGCACUUUAGGGUGAAGCAGAUCAUCCUUCACGAGGACUACAGAGAAGAGACUGGGAUCGACUUCAACCAUGACAUAGCUCUGCUAGAGAUCGAAGGAGUGGGGAGUGUGGGGUGGCACGGGGAGUGUGCGGUGCGGACAGAGACGGCCAGGACGGUGUGUUUGCCUCGUGCUCACACCACGCUGCCACCAGGCUCCUUCUGCACCAUCGCUGGCUAUGGAAGAGACCACACUUUGUUCUACACCAAGUACCUGAGGGAGGGUCAGGUGCGUCUGCGCCCCCAGGCCACCUGUGUGAAGGAGGCCCCGGAGCCCAGCAUGGUGACCGAGAACAUGUUCUGUGCCGCCAGCCCAGACUGGGCGACCGACGCCUGCCAGCUCUCUGUCUUUUUCUCCUCUCCCCCUCUCUCUCCCUCUCUCCCUCCCUGUCUCGUCCUCUCUCUCCCUCAGGGCGACUCCGGCGGUCCUCUGGUGUGUGAGGUGGAUGGCCGUAUGUUUCUGUUUGGCAUCAUCAGCUACGGGGAAAAUUGUGCCGAGAGAGGCAAGCCGGGCUUCUACACGCGCGUCACCAACUACAACAAGUGGAUCGCCAGGCAACCGGGCCUCCGCUCUUACACCCUGGGCUCCAUGUACCCACAGAAGUGGUGACGCUUUGCAGCUCUUACACCCUGGGCUCCAUGUACCCACAGAAGUGGUGACGCUUUGGACUGCUUCAGGCAGCCGUGAUGGGCAGCCAUACUGGGGUCCUCUGGUCCCCUGACUCCUUC